AGAGACGGCUUUCCCGCGGGCGUUCUAGCCUCGCGGAAAACUCUCACACACUCUGACUCGCUCCGCUUCCGGCCGGCCUCAAUUCCGCUUCCGGUCCGACUCUGGCGUCUUUGCUGAGGGUCACAUUGAGCUGCGAGGUGCUUCGGGGGUGUCUUUAGGACUCAGCACCAUGGCAGAAGACAUCAAGACCAAAAUCAAGAACUACCAGACUGCCCCUUUUGACAGCCGCUUCCCCAACCAGAACCAGACCAGGAACUGCUGGCAGAACUACCUGGACUUCCACCGCUGUGAGAAGGCGAUGACUGCUAAAGGGGGUGAUGUCUCCGUGUGUGAAUGGUACCGGCGUGUGUACAAGUCCCUCUGCCCCAUAUCCUGGGUGGCAGCCUGGGACGAUCGCCGGGCGGAAGGCACGUUUCCUGGGAAGAUCUGAACUGGCUCCACCCACCUCUCCUCCGUACUCCAUCCUUCUCCUAGGGCAGUGAAGGGGGACCUGGGUAUAUGGUGAUCCCCACCCUGGGAUCCUGAAGCAUGGCUUAACUAAUAAUAAAUACUCAUUGGAAAAGUGUAA